AUGUCCAAGCCAGCAGAAAUUGCAAGCCCCGGCCACCGUGUCAAGCUGGUCAAGAACACGAACUUCGCCCGCAAUGGAGUCAUGGCCUACGCAAAGGCUCUCCGCAAGUGUGAGCCUCACCCUCACAGCCGGCUUUCACCUCACUCUGCUGACCAGACUGCAGUCGACAUCAAGCCAACCCUCGCCGGGCCCUUCGACAUGAUCGACCAAGUCGCCCAACCCGCAGUCCAGCCUGAUUCUCGCAGUGGCAAACCAAAGAGAGUCGCACCUCGCAAACUCGUCACCAAAGACGCCGAUGGCAAGAUCGGAGAGGUCAAGGCAACAGACGUCCAAAACGACAGCGAGUACAUUGCACAGGUGGAGAUUGGGACACCACCACAGCCCAUGGACGUCAUCUUCGAUACCGGCUCGGCUGAUCUAUAG